AUGGUAUCUACCCAUAACCGUGACAAACCUUGGGAUACCCCUGAUAUUGACAAAUGGAAGAUUGAUGAAUUCAAGCCUGAGGAUAAUGCUUCAGGUCAGUCUUUCACUGAGGAGUCCUCAUUCAUGACAUUAUUUCCAAAGUACAGAGAGAACUACUUGAGAUCAAUAUGGAGUGACGUUACCAAUGCUUUAGAACAGCAUAAUAUUGCUUGUCAGCUCGAUUUAGUAGAAGGAGCAAUGACUGUGAAGACUACUAAGAAGACCUUCGAUCCGGCAAUCAUUUUGAAGGCUAGAGAUUUGAUCAAGCUCUUGGCUAGAUCGGUCCCUUACCCCCAGGCCAUUAGAAUUUUGCAAGACGAUGUUGCUUGUGACGUAAUCAAGAUUGGAAACUUUGUUAGCAAUAAGGACAGGUUUACUAAGAGAAGACAAAGAUUGGUUGGUCCAAACGGUAAUACUCUAAAAGCGUUAGAAUUGCUCACGAAAUGUUACAUUUUGGUGCAAGGUAACACAGUCAGUGCCAUGGGACCCUUCAAGGGCUUGAAAGAGGUAAGAAGAGUUGUUGAAGAUUGUAUGAAAAAUGUUCAUCCUAUCUACCACAUCAAGGAGUUAAUGAUUAAGCAGGAAUUAGCAAAAAACCCUGAAUUGGCCAAUGAAGACUGGUCUAGAUUUUUGCCAAUGUUCAAGAAGAAGAAUGUUGCCAGAAAGAAGGUCACUGGAGAACAGAAAAAGAAGAAAGUAUACACUCCAUUCCCACCAACGCAAGCGCCUAGAAAGGUUGAUUUGCAAAUUGAGAGUGGUGAGUAUUUCAUGGGUAAGCGCGAAAAGCAUUUGAAGGAGUUACAAGAAAAACGUCAUAAACAAGAAGAGAUCACUGAGAAGAGAAAGGAAGAAAGAAACAAAGCAUUUGAGGCUCCCGAAGAAGCAUCAUACGAGAAUAAAUUGAUUGAUGGUGAGAAGAAGGAAAAGAAAGAAAAGAAAGAAAAGAAAGAAAAGAAAGAAAAGAAAGAUAAGAAAGAAAAGAAAGAUAAGAAAGAAAAGAAAGAUAAGAAAGAGCGUAGCAAGAAGAGAAGCUAUAACGACCUGGUUGACUCUGAAAGAAAGAAGAAGAAGUCAGAUUAG